AAACGCUUGUCUGCUUUACUCUCUGUCUCUCUCAGCACCCCAGCCCUUUCCUCCCCUUAACUGCGACGGAUCUCAUGGGGUCCUUUUCCCUGCUUAGGUAGUGCCUUCGUAUGAAUCCUCUGUGCUCCCCCCCCCCGCCCCCAGUUAUGUUAUUCCCCUAAAUUUGGAAGGUGCUGUCUGAGCAGAUGCUUUUAUUAGCAAAGGCAGCAUUGGUGUUUGCUAAGGGUUUUGUCUAGGGCUGGUUUUUUUUUUACACCCCCGCCCCCCAAUUCGGCAGCCACAAGGCAGAGCAAUGUAUCAUCCCGCUGGGGGGACCUGGUAGCAGGCGAGGGGAGGGGGGACCCCACCAUCACCACUACAAAUUGCCAAAUAAAGCGGAGAGGGGGGGAGGCUCCGUCUGCAGCUAAAAAGAGAAAGGGGCGGGAAAGUGUGUGGGGAGAAGAGAGAGGGCGGGAGAGAGAGAGAGAGAGAGAGAGAGAGAGAUGAGUCCUCCAAAUCCACCCCGCCGAGGGAGCCUUCCACUCCUGGAUGCGGCAUCUCUUCGCAAAAUGAUGCUGCGGGCGCUGCUGCUCCUCUCUCUCAUUCAGGGUUCUAGCCAAAAAAGUGAUGAUGACUAUGAAGAUUACCCAACCAACAAAACCUGGGUUUUGUCUUCUAAAGUCCAUGAGAGUGAUGUUACACUCAUUUUAAAUGGCCUACUGGAGGGAUAUGACAACAAGCUAAGGCCAGAUAUAGGAGUGCAACCAACGGUUAUUCGCACUGAUAUGUAUGUCAAUAGCAUUGGUCCAGUGAAUGCUAUUAAUAUGGAAUAUACAAUAGAUAUAUUUUUUGCCCAAACCUGGUAUGACAGACGAUUAAGAUUCAACAGCACUAUAAAAGUACUGAGGUUGAACAGCAAUAUGGUUGGGAAGAUCUGGAUACCUGAUACAUUUUUCCGAAACUCCAAAAAAGCUGAUGCUCACUGGAUAACAACUCCCAAUCGGAUGCUUCGGAUCUGGAAUGAUGGCAGAGUACUAUACACAUUGAGACUGACGAUAGAUGCUGAAUGUCAGCUUCAGCUACACAAUUUCCCAAUGGAUGAACAUUCUUGUCCGCUGGAGUUUUCAAGCUAUGGUUAUCCAAAGGAAGAAAUUAUUUACCAGUGGAAGCGUAGUUCUGUAGAAGUGGGAGACACCAGAUCCUGGAGGUUAUAUCAGUUUUCAUUUGUGGGGCUCAGAAAUGCAACUAAUGUGGUAGGAACAACUUCAGGAGAUUAUGUGGUCAUGGCAGUCUACUUCCAGCUGAGUAGAAGAAUGGGCUACUUCACAAUUCAGACUUAUAUCCCUUGCACACUCAUUGUAGUGCUGUCCUGGGUCUCAUUCUGGAUUAAUAAGGAUGCUGUUCCAGCUAGGACAUCUUUGGGCAUUACAACUGUCUUGACAAUGACCACUCUCAGUACAAUUGCACGCAAGUCUCUUCCCAAGGUCUCUUAUGUGACUGCAAUGGAUCUCUUUGUAUCAGUUUGCUUCAUUUUUGUUUUUUCGGCCCUAGUGGAGUAUGGGACUCUUCAUUAUUUUGUCAGUAACAGAAAGCCAAGCAAGGAUAAAGACAAAAAGAAGAAAAACCCUCUUCUUCGGAUGUUUUCAUUCAAGGCGCCUACAAUUGAUAUUCGCCCAAGAUCUGCUACUAUUCAAAUGAACAAUGCUACGCACCUUCAAGAAAGGGAUGAAGAAUAUGGAUAUGAAUGUCUUGAUGGCAAGGACUGUGCAAGUUUUUUCUGCUGCUUUGAGGAUUGCCGAACAGGAGCAUGGCGGCAUGGAAGAAUACAUAUCCGCGUUGCCAAAAUGGACUCAUAUGCGCGCAUAUUCUUUCCAACAGCCUUUUGUUUGUUCAACUUGGUCUACUGGGUGUCAUAUCUUUAUCUUUAAGCAGACAGAACAGAAAUAGGUGAUAUGAGCCUUAUUUUUGGAAUUUAUUAGAAAGAUGGUUUCCUGUAUAUCCACUCAAACUCUGUGAUCCAGUGGCUGGAGUGCCCAUGAGGAAGCCCCAACAUGCACAUGCAGUUCCUGAAAACAAGAUCCUCCCUCCCAUUCUAUUCAGUGUUAGGUAAUGUUCUGCAUAGGUACCAUUAUGCACACAGAGCAUUCCCUCAAAUGUGGGGGUAGUGGGCCAACUCUUGCUUAUCUAAGCUUCCUUGAGGAUCAGAGCUUUAUGGAACUUUGGUCUUUACAACACACAUCAACACGGUCUGGAUUCUUCAGUGCCAUAACCCACUAAAUAUCAACCAUCAUAUCAUUUGUACAAGACUAUUGUAAAAUUAUUGUGAUUUGAAUGCUACCAUUUUAUAUUUAAAGCAGAUGAAAGAAAAUCAGUAUAAUGUAGAAAAUUACCAGUGAAACAGAGAUAUAUGACAAGGAGAGGACCCACAAAGAUUUGGGUAUUAUCAUUUCAACUGUGAAUGAUGGCUGCUAAAAUAUUAUGUUAUUUGUUAGUAUUAAUUUUAAAUAUGUGAUAAAUUUGUCUUCUAUGGGCUUUUCUUUUUGGAAGAGUCAGUCUCCCUUAAGAGCAAUGUAUCUAGCCUAGAAAAAGUAGCUUUUCUCCACACCAAGCGAAAAAUAAACCUUUUGGGUGCCCUCCCUUGAAGAGCACAUGUACAAAUGCUUGUAAAUAUUUCACUACCUUGUCGUAUUUGGGUCUAGUGCACGAAGAUUGCAGAGGGGGGGAUAAAUGAAGCAAACGUACCAUAUACAGUAUUGUCUUUUAUUUUGUAACACCUGGAUUUGUUGUUGUAACAGAAAAAAAUGUGGAUUAAAAACUAUCCAGUUUUUUUUCUGGCAGAACUCUGACUCAUGCAUGGAUGACAGCACCUACUGUAAGACAUGCCUUAAGAAAUUGCGCAAAACAGCAUCUGUAGAACAAAACAGGGCAAUAAAUAAUACCUUAGGCUAUAAAUUGGUUCCAGGAGUGUUGCUGCUGUUUUAUUUCCCACUUCUGAAACAAUUAAAACUGCAAAUGGGAUCCCUUGCAAGACUGGCUACAGUCUUUGGAAGCAUUUGUUUGCAGCAAUCAGACUUUCUCCACUCUGAUCAUAGAUCAUCAUUUGCGCUUAGAAUGCUUUUGCUGAUGUGCACUACCUGUCUGAAUGAAACUGAGGCUGAAUAUAGCUUUUGCUUUUAACAAAUACAGCAAGCAUUUUUUUUCUGGGAUGGUGUUAGGUAUUUUAAGUUGUGCCAAUACACAGAUCUGCUGUUCACCAUACAUCCAUGCAAUAUCAGUGCUUUCCCCCCCGUUCUGUACUCUUUGAUUAGUAUAUAGACUCUCUCUUUAGCUAGAGGCAACAUAGAAAAACACAGUUUUUAAAAAGGGAACAGAGAAUGUCUUUGCUAACCAUACCUGUGUAGUUUGCGUGUUACAAACAUCAAGCUCCACUGAAACCUAUUUAGCUACUAGUUUUAAAACACCUGUAAAAUGCUCAGUUAUGCAACCUAAGCACAUGUAAAUAUUACUGACUUUUUAUUGUCCCAAACUGAAAACAUCAGUUCAUGUCAAAUAGGUUUGCAGCUGAAAAUACCUAUAUGCAUAUUAUCAUUGCAGAAUUAAUGAUAGCCAAUACAGAGAAGUAAGGACAGUUUUCCAAUGUCUGUAUAGUUUUGGAAAUAAACAUGUAUAGAAAGGUAUAACUAAUUCCUGAUCAUUGAUUGCUUCUUGUGUAAUGUAUUUUAACAGAGGAAAUGCACACACUCAUAGAUUUUUUCAAUAAAAUUGCUGCACUCAGUCUUAAA